UUUUUCGUUGUAGUCUCGCUCUGUGUAUUCCCGCACUUUCGCGGCACAGAAUUUCUUUGUUGUUUUCCGAUGUCUUGCCCUCUCAUGGAUUUUUUACCCUCUUCCGAGAGGUUUGUGAAAUAAAAGCUUACAACAGCACAGUAAAAAAUCCACUACCUCGGGCGAGAGCAGCCAUCCAGUAUGGAACCUCAUCAAAAUCCACAGCUACGGGAGUCCAGGAGCCUCACUUCCUUGGGCUUACAACAGUUUGAAAGUAUGGUAGCUAAACAUGUGUUAAAACUUAGUUGUAUCAAGCGAGACAUUGAUUCUCUCAUAAUGGACAUGGAUGAAAACCCGGUUAUGACAUUUGAAAGAGCAAAGAUUUUUAAGUCAUCAUUAACAAAACUGAUGCUUAAAUACGACAAAGCAUCCGCAGAGUUUGCAUCCUACUUACAAAGUCAGCGCCACGAAAACAGUCUAAGGGAAGAGUCUUCAAGGUCCCUGAUUAAUAAAACUUUACAAGAUAAAGUGAGAAUUGUGCUGAAACAAUUAGACGACAUUCUACCAAAGCCAGGUUCCCAAAAAUCCGAACGUACUUACAAGACCACUUCGAGUUCACAUCUUACAGCCGUGAUGCUUGAACACACAGCCAAGGUAGAGGAAGCCAGAGCUAGAAUGAGGUACGCAGAAGAAGAGGCUGAACUUAUGAAGAAAGAAGCAGAUUUAAAGGCAGCCCGCUGCGUGCUUACAGUUAAACGCGAAUAUGACGCUGCACAAUCAAGCUUGAGAGCUAUCAGAAGGGUGUUUGAUUUCUCAGACAAUGAGUCUUUAGGUGGCAGCUUUACACCUGAUAAAUUUGAGGAUAUAGACUAUCUCCCAAGAUCAUCAAUCAAAGAGCAUAAUACAGAAACCUCGGAGCAUAAUAUGGACAAUCCAAUCCAACAUUUGGAUAUCCCGUCAACACUAGAAUACACAGAAAAGUUUGUGCGAGAUCAGACCGAUUCCAUUAAACCCUCGAUUCUCAACCCUGAAGCUCCUGUGUUUGUGCAGCAAACUAACUCUGUGUCUAGUGACACUCAUGAACUUGCAAAACUUCUUGCCAAAAAACAAUUACUCCCUGCACGCUUGACCACUUUCGAUGAUAUCCCUGGACAUUAUUACACAUGGAAGUAUACGUUUGAAAACGUAAUGAGUGAGUUGGGUGCCUCUCCACUCGAAAGACUUGAUCUACUUAUUCAGAAUCUCGGCACCAACUCCAAACGACAGGCUAUGAACAUUAGAAGUGCAAACCCAAACGAACCUUCCCGCGCAUUGAUACUAAUUUGGGAGAGGCUUGAUUCAAGAUUUGGUAGUCCAGAGAGCAUUGAGUCUUCGUUAAAGGACAGAGUGUCAGCAUUUCCAGUUUUAAAGAAUACUGAUAGAAGCCAACUCUUCGAAUUGUCAGAUUUGCUUAUGGAGAUCGAUUCCAUCAAGCGUGAUGAGCGAUUUUCACUACUCUUUGCCUACUAUGACUCCAGUACUGAAAUAAAUCCAAUUGUGAGAAAACUCCCAUAUAGCAUACAAGAAAAGUGGACAAAUGAAGCGAAUAGGUACAAAGAAGCUAAUAAAGUGACAUUUCCACCAUUCUUCCUUUUUGUAUCAUUUAUACAAAGAACGGCCCGCAUUCGGAAUGACCCUGGGUUUGUUUUUGACAACAACAAUAGUACUCGACAGGAUAGUGACACAAGAGCAUUCAGGGGACCAGUUCGUCCUAAAGCACACAUUUCUACAAGAAAAACAGAGGUGAAGAGUGAAGUCUGUCCUAUACAUGGAACAAACCACACACUCAACAUGUGUCGCCAGUUUCGUUCCAAACCUUUAACGGAGAGACGAAACUACAUUCGAGACAAUGGUUAUUGUUUCAAAUGUUGUGGUCAGAAAAAAACAUCUUGGAAAGACUUGCAAGGAGACAGUGAGAUGCGAGGUUUGUCGUUCGAGUGAACAUCCUUCCGCACUCCAUUCAGAUCCUCGAGUACCUAUUCCCCAAAGGGCUCAUGAGGGGGAGAACGAUCAUGCUACUGAUGCAACUGUUUUCAACAAAUGCACCAAAAUCUGUAAAGUUCCAGGAUAUACCUCCAAGUCCUGUGCCAAAAUAGUGUUGGUCAGAGUGUAUCCUCAUGGACAACGUCACCACUGUAGAGUACUCUAUUGCAUGAUCGGUGAUCAGAGCAACAGGUCAUUAGCGGUUUCAAAGUUCUUUGACGCCUUUGGUGAACAUGGGAAAGAGACGGAAUAUGUUUUGUCCUCAUGCGCAGGAAGAUUUAAUGUGACUGGACGGAGAGCCUCAGGAUACGUGGUAGAAUCUCUGGAUGGAUCAUGUGCUUUGAAACUGCCCAACUUAAUAGAAUGCAACGACAUCCCAAAUAAUCGUGAAGAGAUUCCGUCACCUGCUGCUGCCAGAAACUUCCCUCACCUGAAAGGUAUCGCUUCGUCAAUACCAGGAUUGAAUGAGCAAGCUGACAAAGAAUUGCUGAUUGGGCCUGAUCUUAUUACGGCACAUAAUGUGUUAGAACAGCGAAUCGGGAAGGAUGACCUACCCUAUGGUCAACGAUUACCCCUGGGCUGGGUUGUUAUUGGAAAUGUAUGUCUUGGAAAAGUACAUGGUCCUGACAUAGUGAACGUCAACAAAACAGCUGUUCUUAGUAAUGGUCGCCCUACAUUGAUGAGAAAUUGCGAGAACAAGAUUUAUGUAGACAUGGACCCAGUAUUUAAGAAAACAGAACAUGAUGAAAAACCAGGACUGUCAAUAGAAGAUCAGAGAUUUUUAGAUAUUAUGGAUGCUGGGUUUCAAAAAACACAAGAGGGUCAGUGGAUGGCACCACUUCCAUUUCGAGAAAACAGGAUGAGCCUGCCAAAUAAUAAAGAAGCAGCUUUACGUCGUGCGAGAUCCUUCGAUGCUGGUAUCCAGCGUAAUGCCGAAAAACGUCAACAUGUUGUGGACUUUAUGCAGAAGUUAUUUGAUAAUAAUCAUGCAGAGACUGCUCCAGACCUGGUUGAAGGAAGCGAGUAUUGGUACCUUCCGCUGUUCGGGGUUUACCACCCCAAAAAGCCAGAAAGCAUACGAAUUGUGUUUGAUUCUUCUGCCAGAUUUCUGAAUGUCUCACUGAAUGACGUAAUGCUCAAGGAACCAGAUCUUAGCAAUAGUUUACUUGGUAUUCUUCUACGGUUCAGGAAGGAGGCUGUUACGGUAACAAUGGAUGUUGAGCAAAUGUUCUAUAACUUCAAAGUGACUCCUGAACAUCGAAACUUCCUGAGAUUUUUAUGGCAUGAGAACAAUGAUCCAGACCGUCCACUCACUGAUUACCAAAUGACCGUACACGUCUUUGGUAAUAGUCCUUCGCCAUCCGUGGCUACCUAUGGCCUUAGAAAGGCAGUUGAAUCAGCAAGUGCUGAUGUCAAAGACCUGGUGAUCAACAACUUCUAUGUUGAUGACGGCCUUUUAUCGUGUACAAGUGAGGAAGAAGCCGUUAGUCUUGUCCACAGGACAAAAUAUGCCUUGAGUGAAGGUGGAGCCUUACGACUGCACAAGUUUACAUCAAACAGAAGAGCAGUUCUUGAUUCCUUUGACCAAAGUGAUCUCGCAAAGAACCUUAAAGAUCUGGAUUUCGGUACAGCUUCCCUCCCACUGCAAAGAAGUCCAGGACUACUUUGGGACACCGAUGCAGACAUUUUUUUAUUUAAAGUCUCAAGUGAAGAGAAACCCUACACGAAACGAGGGGUGUUGUCAGUCAUAAACAGCAUUUAUGACCCCAUUGGUUUUGCACAGCCAGUAAUAAUUAAAGGAAAAUUACUUCUUAGGAACAUGAUGUCAUCUCCAGAAAAGUCUGAUUGGGACGAUCCCUUACCUGAAGCUCUCUUCCAGGAUUGGAAAUCAUGGGUUCGUUCAUUGACAGCUUUAGAGAAUUUGCGAGUACCCAGACAGUACAGUUCACUUUCUUUUAAAAAUGCCACCAGACGAAAAGUACACAUAUACGCAGAUGCAUCAAAGGAAGCCAUCGCAGCGGUGGCCUUCUUGCAGCUGUUCGGAGAAAUUCCCAACACUUGUACAUCAAGUUUUCUGAUUGGAAAAGCUAAGGUAACCCCAACAAGUGGCCAUACGAUACCCAGACUCUAACUGUGUGCGGCUGUGAUGGCAGUCCAGCUUGGAGACACAAUUAGAGAGCAACUACAGAUAGAUCGAGAACACUUUUCAUUUUACACGGAUAGUCAAGUGGUCCUUGGGUAUGUUACAAAUGAGAGUCGAAGAUUCCAUGUAUAUGUUGGGAAUCGAGUGAGUCGAAUUCGAAUAUCCAGUGAACCAUCCCAGUGGAGUCACGUUUCAACUGAACUUAACCCAGCUGAUGUAGCCACAAGGAGCAUACCUGCAUCAAUGUUACCAGACAGUCUCUGGAUUAAAGGUCCAAAGUUUCUUCUCACCGACACUUCGUCAACGCACACUACAUGUGAUUUCCCACUCAUUGACCCAACUAAUGACAAAGAGGUGAAACCAGAAAUCCAUUGUUGCAAGACAGAAAAAUUGACAGUUUCAGAAAGUACGCUUGGCGCUCAGAGAUUUACAAGAUUUCUAGAUUGGGAAAGACUUGUUAACAGCAUAGCCUACCUGAAAACCUUUCUUAGGAAGCGAAAAUGUGGUGAUAACACAGAUACCACAUUGAAACCUUUCAACCAAAGUCUUAUAACAGAAACAGAACGCCUUAUUAUCCAUACGGUUCAGAUGGAGGCAUUUGGUACAGAGAUUCAAGCAAUUAAGGAGGGAAAGUCUUUAAAGGGAAGUUCAGUUCAACCAUUAUGUCCCAUACUUGGACCAGAUGGACUGUUAAGAGUUGGUGGCAGAUUAAGGAGAGCUCAAGUUGGAAAGGAUUUUGGCGACUUGUCCAAACACCCCAUAAUCGUACCCAAGAACAGCCACCUUGCAAAGCUGCUUAUCCUCCAUUUUCACAAGAAGGUAGCUCACCAGGGACGACACUUCACAGAAGGCGCAGUACGGGCAGCUGGAUUUUGGGUAGUUGCUGCAAAACGUUUAAUCAUGUCUGAGAUCAGCAAAUGUGUGAUUUGUCGCAUGCUACGCGGGAAGCUUGGAUGGCAACAAAUGGCAGACCUACCUGAAGACAGAGUAAGACCUAGUCCUCCUUUUUCGUUUGUUGGCGUUGAUACUUUCGGACCUUGGCCAAUUAUCUACAGGAGGACAAGAGGAGGAGCUGCAAAUCAGAAACGCUGGGCCUUACUUUUCACAUGCCUUGUCACUAGAGCUAUACACAUAGAAGUUAUCGAGGAACUUUCAAGUGCUGCAUUUAUCAAUGCACUAAGACGCUUUGUGGCCAUACGAGGUCCUGUAGUUCAAUUCAGGUCAGAUAGAGGAACAAAUUUCAUCGGUGCCACAAAGAACCUGUCUAUCAAUGCUGAGUUUGUGGAGAGAGGUCCAGUCCAAACCUUCCUUUCAAAAUCAAGAACGUCAUGGAAAUUCAAUCCUCCCCAUGCUUCUCAUAUGGGUGGGGCUUGGGAACUGUUAAUCGGCGUAUCACGGAAAAUAUUAGAUUCGAUGUUAUUACGAAACCGAACUGAACUUACACAUGAUGUUUUGGUCACCCUAAUGGCUGAAGUAUGUGCUAUCGUCAACAACAGACCACUCCUGCCUGUGUCGACAGACCCGGAAGCUCCGAGCAUACUUACACCAGCGACCUUACUAACCAUGAAAACUACUUCAGAUGUAUGUCCUUUUCCAAACUUUGAGAGUAAAGAAAUGAUUCGCUCACAUUGGAAACGUGUUCAAGGUCUUGCGGAUGAAUUUUGGAAAAGGUGGAAGAUGGAAUACCUACAGACCCUACAAGUGCGCAAGAAAUGGCAGGAGGACCAUCCAAAUUUGAAACCAGGAGACGUAGUCCUCAUGAAAGAUCGUGAGAGUGCCCGCAACGAUUGGCCUCUAGGAAUAAUCACAAAGGCAUUUAAGAGUGAAGAUGGCAAAGUUCGCAAAGUAGAACUUGAUCUUAUGAAAAACGGCGAGCGAGUUACUUAUGUGAGACCAAUUUCAGAGUUAGUUACUCUUUUAGAAGUAUAGAUAAUGUGACAUUUGUAGUAUCAUUUGCUAUGUGUGAUUUAUAACUCACCUGUGUGAGUGUAGAUAUUUUUAUUUGAAUGUAGUGAUUUCUAACAGAAAUCAGAGGGGGAAUGUAGUGUCCGGAGAUUUCGUUUCCGGACGUUCUGUUUUUUCGUUGUAGUCUCGCUCUAUGUAUUCCCGCACUUUCGCGGCACAGAAUUGUUGUUUUCCGAUGUCUUGCCCUCUCAUGGAGUAAGUUUUACAUAAUUAUGUUUCUUUUAAUUGUAUUUGUAUCUACUGAUCAUUUAUGCUAAACGUUAGGGCCAGAAAACGUUUAUCUGUUGUGAAGUUUAGCUUUGUUUACAUGCCUCGUGUGUACAAAAGUAUGGAGGACUAGAAUUGUCGUAAUUUUUCAUCUUUACUCUGUAUCAGUAUUUUUUACGUAAACUAGUCAAUGAUGUUUUUCUAGUCCAGUCAAUAACUGUAUUUCAAAUUGUUUAUAACCUGUAACGGUUACUAUGUUUACUGUCUUUUUGCCUUUGUAACACUGUACCUUGUUUUGUUUGUAGUUUUUUACCCUCUUCCGAGAGGUUUGUGAAAUAAAAGCUUACAAC